CAUGCUUUCUCAAUCAAAAAAUUUAUAUAUAUGUAUAAUUAUAUUUGUUGUAAAUGCUGCAUUACGUAAGACCCCUAGCAGUUGCUGUCAAAACUUAAACGGACCGCUUCAAUGUUGAAUGUAGCUAAAGUUAGCCCAGUUUCAUAAAAUUUUUGGUUUCUAAAAGCACAGAACGAAAUUCGUGAUUUUCAAAAACCAAUUUCAAAAAUAUAAAACAACACAAAAAAAUUCAUACGGAAACACUAUGUCCAGUUUAGAUGAUUUCUUUGCUAAAAAGGACCGUAAGAAGUCCGCAACAAAAACAAAUCUCUUGGCCGCCGAUGAGCUCUAUCGCACACUGGAGGAGACCACCAAGGCAUCCCAAGAGGUGGACAGCAGCGAGAAGCUGCAGCUGGAGGUAAUCAACAAUCAGCAUCCGCAGCACACAGCGCUCGAAUUUGGCAUACGCUUCUCCGACGAGACCAUCGAUGAGGAGGAUGAGUGGUGUGACUUCACUGAGGAGCACGAUCAGCCGUUUCCUAAUCUCAAACGCAACUCCAAGCUGGCAUUGAGCUCGACUGUUGUGGCCGCCGGCAGCAGCAUCGGCGAGGACGCGAAUCUGACUGUUGAAAAUUGCCCCUAUCAGGAUACGGGCGGCGAUGGCCUGGGCGUGGGCUCAGCAGCUGACGAGAUGGGCAAGCCAGCCUGUCCCUGGCUAAAGCUGGAGCACACGGAACUAACUAAUUUUAGUCCCAAGGCCAUGGUCGCGGCCCUGGAGCGUGAGCAGUCUCUGACACAGUCGUCCUCGCAACUGCAGUCUCGAUCACAAAGGCACUCGCAGUCGCAAUCACAGCCCCAGUCUCAGUCUCAGUUCCAGUCUCCGAUACAGUCGCAAUCAUCAUUACAGUUCCAGCCACAGUCCCAAGCAGCUUCACAGUCAACAUUCAAGACUCAGCAAAGUAUUGCGCUCAAGAAACAAGUCUAUGUGCCGCCAGCUCUGCGCCAGAGCCAAAGCGAGUUCAGUGUUCGUCCACGCAAGCAAGCGCCUCCAGUGGCCAUGAAGCUGGCCAAGGGCCAGGCGCCCGAUUUAAAUAAUGUCGAUUUCUUUCCAUCACUCUGUCAAUCACGCAUCUCGAAGCGUGCCAAGUAGUUUUCGCAUUUUUUUCUCCGUUUCUUCUAGUUAACACAUUUAAAUUUGCAACGAUUAAAGCUUGAGUCCCGAUUAAAAAGUAGAAAAAAA